AUAAGGUCUGGCUGGGUUAGUUUAUAGUAAGUUGUACAUAUAAAGUAGUGGACAUGUUAAUUAGUUAUUGCUGUAAAAACGAGAGAGCUGAUAAAAAGCUUAAGGCUGAUACAUGCUUCAGGUUCCAACUGUAGGUUAGCAGGUGUUGUGUAGGUAUAUACCUGUCUGGUCGUUAACAGGUAUUACUUACCUGGGAUUGAGAACAGACGGGAUGUACCUGUGUUACCAUGGAACACUUUGGAUCCAAUCGGCCCUUGAUCUGUAAAUCUAUUUUGGGUUGGUUUAAAGUUUGUGGAUUCUUGUGAAAUUCUUUUUUACUUUGACAGUGUUAAAGGGUGGAAACCAAGAGCUGUUUUAGUACUCAGAAAACUGCUGGAAUGCACUUGAGACUGGAGUGUCAAUACCCACGUACUGUUUGCUGUGCAAUGUUAUAUUAUAUAAUUGUAAUUGAUUACUUAGCAUGCUGAAUAAACCGUACAUAAUGAAAAACUUGUGAGGCGAAAAAUAGUCGGUGGGUAAGUGAUUCAGCAUUCAGCCGUCAUACAAAGGCGUCCUUGUCCACACAGUUCUGAUGUUUGUUGAUUAUAUAUACAGCUGUUAUUGGUAAUUGAUUCUAAUCAGGACAUCAGUUUUAGAAAGUGUAAUAUAUCCUGUAUAAUUUUAGUGUAUGUAUCAGUUACACAGCACCCGGAGGAGGUCCCAAAACAAGCUAUCUCAAUGCUGUCAAACUUUAACUGACAUUCCGUUAGGACUGCAGCGGAAAGGUGGGGAAUUAUUGUGUAGAGGUAUUGAAGUGAGUGUAAAGGGAACAAACUUGUAUCAUUUCUAUAGAAAUGUGUGUUGGGAGCUGAAGUGACCUGUAAUAAUCUGUAGUAAUCAUAAGGUUACCCAUUCAGCCUGACACUUACUGUGAUGGAAAUCUCUGUGUAAGACGACAAAGUUUUGUCAAUAAGUUGGAAAACUAUUUUGACAGUUGUGGGAAUGUAUCUGGAUUUAUUGGAGUUUUGUUGGCAAUAUUUGUCCUCAAACAUGUAGACUCCAAAGAUAUUCCAGUAAUUAGUUGUUUUAUUGGUAAACAAAACUUUGUGGCUGGUAAGUACCAGAAAUUGAUUGGUAAGCUGUUUAUUGAUUAUGUCCUGGAGUUAGGGCUAAGGGCGACUGGCACCCACCACAGACCACCAACAUGUAUAGGAAUGGAAAACACUCACAAAACAAGCCCCAGUCUGAGUACGGAACUCCUCGAACAAGCUUUAACCAGACAAGUGGCAUCAGUAGGCUUAAGACAGCACCACAAAAUGGUGGCUCAAAUCAAAGGAUGGUCAGAAAUAUGGACAACCCUGAUACAAGGGUGGAUGAAAAUGUGGAGAAAAAUGAUAAGCUGGAGGAUAGAGUCAAUGAAAAGAAGAUAAAGACAAAGUCAGCCUUGUCUGAUGACGAGGACAGUCUCAGCUUUGGUGACAAGGACAAUAACACACGAUUGGAGGAACUGAUGAAGCUGCACCACCUCCAAAAACUGAUGAAGGAGUUUAGUUACUUCAAACCCCCAGACAUUGUUCUACAGGAAGCUACCAGCUAUUUCCCUGCCAAGGUCCAGAAACGUGUCCCUGGUGCCAUGAACAUGGUCGAGUUUAAAGAAGCGUUCAGCCGUGUUUUGGAGACCCAUGAGUAUGAUGAGUACCUGGAGAAACUCUUCCAGAAGCUGGACACCACCUGUGACGGUUAUGUAGAUUGGAGUGAGUUCUGUACUUACAUGCUACUUCUGUAUCGAGAGAAUGACUACAUGAGGACUAAGAGGGAAAUCCCUUUCUUGGUGGAACCCAAGAUCAGACACAUUGUACAAAACAAGCAAGAACAGUCCACAAAGGUUCUGGCAUCAGAGAAUCCCAGUCGUUAUGUUACUGUUAGUAAGGAAGGAGCAAUCACGGUAUGGCAGAACAACAUGGUGAUGGAGAAAGCCUACACAAUAUCUGACGAUGACGCAGAACUUAACGCCCCUAAGCGCCGUUUUAAGAUGUGGGUGACGGACGCCAUAUACCUACCAAACUGUAACAAGUUAGCACUGGCGUCCACCAGUCGGGAUAUCCGUAUCUUUGACUGUUCCACCAAUCAGUGGUUUGAGGAAUACAACCUGUUUGCCAUGUCGGAUGUCCCAUAUUGUUUUGACUAUUGGUAUGACAAAAAGAACCCUGCUGGGAUGUCCGUGCUUAUAUUUGGUGUUGAUGCUGGUGCUGUUCAUGUGUUGUAUUUCAAGAAACCUCUAACUCAGCUCUUUGAGACAGCUUUCAAAAGUGAAGAUGGAGCUCAAAAGAUAUUUUGGAGUGAAGUGGAGAAAGGAGGGCAUUCUCGUUAUGUAGACCAUGAAAAAAUUUUACAUGAUAAAGUUCAACAAAUUCCACCUCAUCUUAUCCGACAAGUGCAAUAUAUCCAUAGUAAAAAUUCCAUAAUCUCAUCAACGAGCUCACCAAACAGGUCCAUUGUCAUCUCCGACAUCAACAAACUAAAGAAACAAUAUGUGUUCAACAUUGAAAAGGGCAUAGAAUGUUUUGAUUAUAAUCAAAAUUUAAACAUUCUUGUGACUGGGAGUCUUGAUCACGUUAUACGUUUAUGGAAUGCCUACGUAGCUAGCCGACCAAUCGCCAUGUUGGAAGGCCAUGCUACAGGAGUUAUUGGAGUGAAGAUUCACGAAGGUCUUAUGCAAGUGUUCAGCUACUCAAAAGAUGCUGUGGUAAAGGUGUGGGAUAUUAGGGAACAUACCUGUCUACAGACAGUUGUGCUCAAAUUUCCGAGCAGCAUCCAUGGUCGCAUGCCGGAGCAUGGACAGUUCCCCAUGCACCUACAGCUGUCACCCCAGGACGCCCUAAUUGUUACCUGUAAUGAUUACCUGGGGAUGCUGAAGCUGGGACAAACACACCUGCCCAAACAGCAGUCUGUCACUACCCAUGAUACCCAGCUCUGUUCAGCCAUCUACAACCAACUGUUUAAACAGGUGGUAACGGGCUGUGAUUCCUCAAACAUUGCUGUUUGGGACCUGGAGAGUGGAAGCAAAGCCAUAGUGUUCUCUAAUGCACAUGGGGAGGAGGAAAUCACAUGUAUGGUGUUUGAUGAGUCCUGGAGGAGGCUUAUCACAGGGGCUCGUAAUGGGACAAUUAAGGUGUGGAACUUCCAGAAUGGACAUAACCUACACAAGUUAGAGGCUGUGGGGGAGGCUGAAGUGACCGGUAUUGUCCCUGUCAUGGACAAGAACAUUAUCCUGGCUGUCGGCUGGAGUCGCAAGAUUAUAGUUUAUGAUGAUUCAGAUGCUGAUAACCUGUAUGUUCCGGCCAACACUGACUGGAAGGGGGGACAACUCCAUGCUGAUGACAUCCUAGCAAUGGACUUCUGCUUGCCACAGUUUCUGGCCACUGGUGGCUUUGAUGGCGAGAUCACAGUUUGGGACCUAGAAACGGAGAAAAUCUUUGUACGACUGCGGAGGGGACAGAAACCAGAUAUAACAAAGAAAAUUGAGUCAAUCCAGGAACAACACAGCUUCCUCAGCAGUUAUAGCACAAUGGACAUGCUGGAGGAGGCGCAAGGCAUAAAAUCGUCCCAGACAACCUCCGACCCUCGACCUUCCUCCAAUACCCUCCUGUCUCGACCCAACUCACGUCACAGGAAGUCACACAGGAUAGAAAAAGGACAGCCUGUUCCUGUUGAUAAACUGCUGUUCCUGCAGGCGCGCUGUGUUGGGCGGACAUUGGAGGCUGCUAUGCUGGUGUCCAGUGAGGCUGGUUACCUCCACUGGUGGUGCCUAUUCACUGCCAAACACGAGAUGGGCUAUUUCUAUGUACCCGACACCAAGGAUGAGUCUGUCCUGGCCAUGUGUACAAACCCCAGUAAUUCCUGCCUCAUCACUGGGGAUACCACUGGACAAAUCAAAAUUUGGGAUGUCUCCGAGUACUGUCUCCAUGUCACAGAGAGGAGAGUAAAGACGUGUCCUCCUCUAAAUGUGACCUUCAAGGCCCACGACUCUGCUGUGGUCAGUGUAGAGUAUGUCAAGCAUGACGUAGGAGAAUUCAUCCUUACUGCCUCGACAGACAAGACCGCCCGACUCUGGUCCAUGGAGGGUCACUACGUCGGUACCUUCGGUCAGAAAAAGUUAUGGAAUCUGAAGAACAAAAAGACUUGGUGCCACCCAAAGACACCGUGGGAUGAGAUGGGGACCAGUAAAUUGGAUGGUAACAAGACAGAUAACAACAGCCAAGCAGAUAUCGCCAUAGAAACAGACACUGUUCAGGUGGAAGGUCAGGAGGACAGCUCCAGUAAAGACAAUGGAGAGGUAGAGGAGGAGGAGGAGGAGGUAGACGAGGAAUCUGUCGAGGCUCCCACAGUACAGGGACUUGGUGAUGGGGGUCACAACCUUAACAUCAAGGUCAGGGCACAGACUAUUGACCUUGGGUCUCUACGACCUGAACGCUCUAAGACAUUCCUUGGCUCCAAGGUGGCAAGACAGCUACAGAGUAUGAAGACAUGUCGUAUGGACAGGCGAAACCGACUGGCAGAGGAUGUAGACUUUACCAUUACCCAGAGAUAUGGCAAACUGUGUUCCCCCUUCCAGGCCCUUCAAACAAAGGAUGUUGUGGAGGUGAAGUUACCCAGCAUGCCCCUCAGUCAGAGGAUGAUCAAUAAGGGAUACACCUCAGACAACAUGACAGAGGAAAUGCUUCGCAACAUGGACUUUUCCUAUGGGAACCCAGACUCACCUCCUAGUGGUGACCAGGACAAAAAGUCUACCAGUGUCCCCAAGUCUGACAAGACUUCCACGCCUGCCAGUAGGAGGGGGCCACCAAGACAAAUCUCUGCCAUAAAAAAACACAACACUGUGGCAUAGGGAGUCAAACAUUACAGUAGUCACAUAGAUGUGGAGUUUAGUACAGCUAGAACAAUGGAAAGGGUAGGAUUGUGGCACAAGGAGUCUACUAAUUAAAAUGGUGCUGGAUCAUUCUUAGUAGUCACUCACAAUAAACGGUCCAAUGGUAGGGUACUCCAGUACUGGUGUGAUGACGAGAUUAUUUGUGUACACAGGACAAGCAUAUAUCCUUCUACCAGGAAGACAAAAUAAUGAAUAUAAUAUUUGUUUAUGGGAAAAAUGAUGCAGUUCAUCCAGGGUGAAACUCAAUGAAAUAUUAUGUACACAUGUUAUAAGGCUAUGUUUCUAGAUGUCUGUAUAAAUACCACCAUAUUUACUUUCCCUGGGAGAUCAAUCUAUCUACUCAGGGAAUAUUUCAUUCAAAGCAGGUGAUUUGUUUUAAACUUUUUUUCACCCCCGAAAACGCUCAUGCCUUUUUUUUGCAUUGGAGUUUUAUUGCAUGAAAAUUACAAAUUGGGAAUUUUACCUAACUACAUGUAUUUCAGUAAAAUUAUCAUGCUUUAAACCUUUGAAAUGUUGUGUGUUUCAACGUGAUGUUACUGUCACCUUGUGAUAAAAUUGAUUAACACUUUAAUUGGAUCAAUGACAUCUUUAUAUGCAUGAUAGGCAUAUAUUACCCAGGUUAGGUUGGGAAAACUUUAUUUGGGGAAAUAAAGUAAAACCGGUAUGAAAAUGUAACUGUUUAAAGGGAGACAACCAAAAUCAUUACACACCUGGAGGAAGCGUCUGUUCAGCGAGUUUAUUGCCUUUUUAGGGAGGUUAUUGAAAUCAAAUCACUUUACAUUCACAGGGAACAUUUAAUUUAAAGGGAGACAACCAAAAUCAUUACAAACCUGCAGGAAGUGCCGUCCAUUGUGUUUAUAGGUCAAUUAAGUAUGUGAUACGGGUAGACAGCUACCCCUAUCAUCUGAUUGUACAUUCUCUGUGGUGACAGUUUGUAGAACUCCAUUUCCAGAUAUAAACUGUAGGAUGACCCUCACCUAUAAUUGUCUUUCACAUUCUAUGUCUAGUUGUUGUGAUUAGAUAUUUUUUCUAAUUCAAAACUUAAAUAAAUAUGCUGCUGUAUUUUCAAACAGCUUACAGGUUAAAAUUAUUAUUAAGAUAUUUAUACACUGUGAGGUAUGUCACAUGCUUGUAUGCUUAUUUUUGUAACAUGGUUUUAUAAUAUGGAUUUGAGAAAUGUGCUGUUUAUAUUGUACUAUUAUUACACCGUCGUAUGCAUUAUUACACUAUCAUAUGAUUGAUUAUUACACUAUCAUAUGAUUAUUAUACUAUCAUAUGAUUAUUACACUGUUUUUACUGGUUGAUGAUGAGGAUGAGAGACAAGUGAUGCUAUUUAUAGUGCAUGAUAGUUACAAUUACAUGUAUAUGAAUGUUGUACUACUGGCACUAGUAGUAGUUUAUUGCCUAAAAAUAUGUCCCUUACAUAAAUAAAUGGUUUAUAGCUCAGUUAGGUCAUUUUGCAGAUUUUGAUGAGAUUUCUGCUAGUGCAUGGUACAUUUUUUGCAAUUUCAUUUUAAAAUGUAUGGCUAGAAUUAAGACCGACAUAAAACAAUCAGCCUGAACAGGCAUUAUCUCCACCCCUACUCCCACCCACAGGAACUUUGCAUGAAUUUCCAAACCAUGAUCCAAACUAUGUGCAUGUAUUAUAUGUAAUACUGUGGGCUGGGAACUUGUGCCAGGUCCCUGUGUUUCCAGCCAAGGCUGAUUGAUCCUCUCCCACCAUAGUCAAGUUUAAAUGUCAAUGUUAAAUCAGCCCAGUUACUGUAUAACUGAUGUGGGGAUAGGAUAAUUUUAACUGCAGUAAAAAUGAGUCCAUAUCAUACCAGGUACAACAGAUAAUAAAUAGCGAUUGACCAAGUAACUGGCUGUUCUAUUACACUACGCAUGACAAGUCAAUAACUACACUUUGGAUUGUGGAGUACAUGUUCUGUAUCAUGUUGAAUUAUCUUUUGUAAAGAUUUUUACCAUUUACAGUAUUGCUGCUAGUCUUUCUAUGCAUAUAUUAUUUUUUCUGUUGUUAACCAAUAUGAAGUACAGUAAAUGGUCAUCAAGGUUUCCAAAGGAUUGAGACAUUUAUAAAUAUAUUCAUUUGUACAAGAUAGAUACAGAAACAUGUACCUUCAGUGAUCAGGGCCACUGUAGCUGUAUAUAUGCUUGUCCUUUAUACUUUGAUGAUAAUCAUCAUUUUGUACAAUAGUACUAAAGAAACUGUGAUAUUUUUUGUUAAUUUGCAUCAUAGAGGGCUUCUUCCUCUCAUGUAUUUAUUAAAUUUGAAAUAAUUAUGAAA